CGAUUGACCUUGAACCAUAUACUGCAUACUAGUUUACAUGUAAUUGUUAUAUCGAGAGAAAUCUGUCGCAAACGGUGUAAACAGUAUUUAUAUUGCGUAUAAAGAACCCGUUAUAUUACAGUUAGAACAAAAUGGCAUCACUCGGGAGACUAGAUGGAAAGAUUGCACUUAUCACAGGUGCUAGUUCUGGUAUAGGCCAGGGAACAGCCAUUUUGUUUUCUAAACUUGGAGCAAAGUUAGCAAUUACAGGAAGAAAUGAUGCAAACCUGAAAAAGACCGCUGAUGAAUGUGAGAAAAACGGUGGAGGGAAGCCAUUAUUGAUAGUAGCUGAUUUGUCAAAGGAAGAGGACACAGUACGUGCUGUGGAAGAAACUAUUAAAUUUUAUGGACAACUACAUAUUCUUGUGAGUUCUGCAGGGAUUGUGGAAGUUGGGAGUGUUGAAACCCAAACAUUAGAACAAUAUGACAAAGUUAUGAAUAUCAAUGCCAGAUCAGUGUUCCACAUUACACAGCUAUGUGUUCCAUACUUAGAGAAGACUAAAGGCAGCAUUGUAAUAGUCUCAAGUGUUAAUGGUAUACGAUCGUUUCCUGGUGUCAUAGCUUACUGUAUGUCUAAAAGUGCAGUAGAUCAGUUUACAAAGUGUGCAGCCCUAGAACUUGCCCCAAAGCAAAUUAGAGUAAACAGCGUAAAUCCAGGAGUAAUUAAGACAGAAAUACACAAGAGAGGUGGAAUGGACGAAGAAGCUUAUCAAAAAUUUUUGGAAAGGACAAAGAUUACACAUGCUUUAGGAAGACCCGGAGAAGUACAGGAAGUAGCCGGUAUGAUUGCAUUCUUGGCUUCUGAUGAUUCCUCCUUUAUUACGGGAACACAAGUACCUAUUGAUGGUGGAAGACAUUGCAUUUGUCCUCGGAAAAACGAAAGGUCAAGAAAUAUGGCGACAACACUUGGAAAUCUUGCUGGCAAAGUUGCUUUGAUAACCGGAGCCAGCUCUGGUAUAGGGGCAGCUACAGCAGAGUUGUUUGCUAAACUUGGUGCCUCAUUAGUAUUAACUGGACGUAAAGUGGACAAUUUGAAAGCUGUUGGUGAAAAGUGUACCCAGUGUAGUGGGAAUACACCAUUACUGAUACCAGGAGAUUUAAGCAAGGAAGAUGACACCAAGAACUUAAUGAAGAUAACAAUAGAGCAUUACAAGAGGCUCAAUGUACUGGUAAACUGUGCAGGUGUCAUAGAGCUAGGAAGUAUAGAGAAUACAAGUUUAGACCAGUUUGAUCGGAUGUUCAAUAUUAAUGUUAGAUCUAUAUAUCACCUAACUAUGUUAGCAGUGCCACACCUUGUAGACACCAAAGGAACUAUUGUCAAUGUUUCCAGUGUAAAUGGCAUGAGAUCAUUCCCUAAUGUUCUUUCAUACUGCAUGUCUAAGAGUGCUCUUGACCAGUUUACCAGAUGUACAGCAUUAGAGCUGGCUCCUAAACAAGUCAGAGUAAACAGUGUGAAUCCAGGGGUAACAGUAACAGAACUACAGAAGCGUGGGGGUCUAGAUGAGGAAGCUUAUGCAAAGUUCCUAGAGAGAUCUAAGGAAACCCAUGCUUUAGGUCGCCCAGGACAACCAGAUGAAGUGGCAAAGGCUAUUGCCUUCUUAGCGUCAGACGAUUCUUCCUUCAUUACUGGAGCAUGUGUACCUGUUGACGGGGGAAGACAUGCUAUGUGUCCAAGAUAAAAUAAUAGGCCAAUAACGGCUGUAUUUGGAAGCUCUGUAUAUGGAGUGACUGUGUAUUACAAAAUUUUGAUAAUAUCUAUCUGUGUUAUAACAUUAACAUGUUGAAUGUCCCUUUAAUAUCAUUCAUCUCCCUUUUACAAGAAUUUUUGCCGAUUUUUUUAAAAUUAGUAUGAAUGAAAAAUGUCUACCUAUAUAUUUUUUUUGUUUAUGAAAUUUUUAUAUCCAAAAUUUGCUUAAGUGUGGCCUUAUAUUUUGUAGGAAUUGAAAAUAAAUGCAAUUUUUCGAAAAAUCAAAAUGGAUUAUGUAUACUUUUUUAAAAAUCAUUGUAUGUUUGUACUAGUCACACAUUUGUAAUAUUAAUGUACCAGGUAGAUUCAAUAUUGACAGUGAUGUUUUAUGAAGAGUACCAUACAGCAUAGUAUUUUGCUUUUUAAGUGGCCCUUUUUUUUUUAUUGCAACUACAUGUAGUAUAGAGUACAUGUUGAAAUACACUACCUAUACUACUAAAUGGUAUGAUAAAAAUCAAAGGACAGUUUUAGAAUUAGAAUAAUUGUAUCUAUCUAUUGUAUCUUGUCUUUAUUCAGGAUAAAUGAAAUUUGUGAUUUAAAGAAAAUAAUUUAAAUAUAUUUUUAACAGGUGUGAAA